AAAAUAUUCAGAUUUAACCCCAAUGUAAUCAUGAACAUUUUCGGUAACUGUAAUUUAAGUACACAUUUUUUCCUAGUAACUGUAAAGAAUUACAGUUACAUUUAUUUUGUAAUUAAAUUACACAACUAAAUUACAUUCCCCAACACUGCUGUGCAGGGGGUGGUCAACACCCACCUACCUCACUGACAUCCGCUUCAUUCAUAAAUCUCACCAGUGACGUCAGCACGCUGGCGACCCUGUGAAGAGACUCUGCUGUUCACAGAGGUUUAAACCUCUCUCGCGUGCUGCCACUGCACGUUGACAGUUUAUUAAUGGACAGUGGCAGCUUUAACAGCACCUGUCACUGCCAUCAAUUGAUAAAUUGCUUGAGACGUAAUGAAGCCACCUUUCACCCUCAUCACUGACGCAGUAUAAUGAGGUGCUUUGCUUUGUUUUUUAAGUCAUGUAACAGCAGUGACAGAGGAGAACGAAGCACAACUCAUACAUUUAAACUCAAGCUGCAGACUGCAGAAGAGCAGAAAUUAACGGGUUCAGCAAUGUCUCUAAUAGUCUCAUUCCUUGUGGUGACAUUGGUUACCCAGUGUUGGAGUGCACCUCAGCGGAGAAACUGGACCCCUCAGGCCAUCUUAUACCUAAAAGGAGCAUCAGGACAUCGCUCAGUGUUGGAGCGCACUGGCAGGGAGGAAGGGGACACUUUACAUCUAGUGACUCUCAACCAGAGCAUUGAUGGACUUGGACUGUCUUUGUCAUCCAUUCUUCUGGAGCUUCUGCUGCGAGCUGUGGAAGAAGGUGGAGGCAAUCCAGAGAGUUACCCAGAGCUGAAUUUUAACUAUUUGUGAAGCGUUCACUACACUUGUUUUCUUCUUUUCUUUUUCACUGUUGCACUUUCUUGUAUUUAUGUUUUUUUAAACAAGGAAUUUGUCACUAUUUGAGUUAAAUUGAAAUUAAAUGUGCUGUGAAUCAAA